GGUCUUAUCGUGUGGUCCUUAGGAAGUCAGUCAGUAGGUUUGUGUCCGGGUAGGUCCAAGUGGUGAGGAGUGGGACCUUUGUCGUGCACCUGACACCACCAUGGUAGACACCCGGGGCGGCACCUCCACUACGCCAUACACGAAGGAGGAGGAAGAGAAGAUGGCCGCCAUCCUGCAGGAGAGAAAAGAGAAGAAGGAGGCCAAGAAGAAGGUCCUACAGGAGGAGCGGGCGGCCAAGCUGAAGAAGCUAGAGGAAGAGAUGGCCAGAGAGAAGGAGAGAAUAAAGAAAGAAGAAGAGGAGAAGCUGAAAGAGGUGGAAGAGGAAGAAGAUGAGGGACCGCCACUAGAAAGAAGGCGAGGGCCCCACAUUGGCAACAGGGAUGAUGAGAUGGACAAACGAAUUUCAGAGUGGGUUGCUAACUUGUCCUUGGGAGAGGAGGAAGAAGUGACUAUGUAUAUCCCCAAAGAUGACCAGGAAGCCGCCCUGACGAAAUGGGAAGCAGAAAAGGAUGUGCUAAAGCGACAGGCGAUGGAGGAUGAACAGAGGAUGGAGUGGAAACUCGCGAUGAUGAGAGAGAAGAAGAGAAGGGUGGAGGCGGCGGGUGAGGCGGUCAAGGAAUUAGAAGAAGUGCAGAAACUAAGCCUAAAGUUGACCCCUCAGGUAGACCUCAAACGAAAGGUAGAAAUCCUUGCCCAGAGCGUCGAGCGGUUAGCAAAGAUACAAGAGCAGCAGUACGAAUUUAGCCGAAGCCAGGACAUAGAUGUACGCUCGAUGCGAAUGGGAUUCCGGGACUUUGCGCGCGAACUGAUAGGAGCCCUAGGAGCCGAGGUGAAUCAUCGCCUCGAGAAGACAAAGCGUUUUUGCGUCGGCGCCAUUGAAGGCGUCAAAGUGGCAGCUCCCAAGGAGGAGGAACCACGCCCGCCGCGUAGAGAGCCAGUCAAGGUCAAAUUCCCUAAUUCCUAUAGUGGGAAAAGGGAAGAGAAUUUUGACAAUUGGGAAGCCAACGUUAAGACCUAUGUGCAUCUGCAACAGGUCUCCCCAGAUCAGCAUGUCCUGAUCGCGAUCCACGCGCUUAAAAAUGAGGCCGCCAGUUUUGCAAGGUCCCUAGUGCGCGCCACUAACUGCAAUGAUGAUCCAGUUUCCUAUUCGUCAUUUACCUCCCUCACUGAGUUUAUGAGAUUGCUGCGCGAGCGAUUUGCAGAUGUCGCUCGAAGUGUCAAGGCCUCAGAUAGGCUCCAGACAAUCCACGCUCGUAAGUGGAAGAAUGCCAGGGCACUCAAGAGCACGAUGGACGAACUAAUCGCUGUUCCUGACCAUGGGGUCACAGACACCCAAUUGGUCGGCCUCUUCUACCGGGCUAUCCCCGAAGCCUUGCGAGGGCACUUCUUCGCGAAGAGCGAAGAUCCGGCCACAACUUAUGAUUCUCUUAGUCGUGAGGUGGUGGCCUUUGAAGCCAAGUCUGCAUCUUUGUCUACCUUCUGGCACAAAGACUUGGACAAGGGAAAACAAUGGAAAGGCCGCACUAUCUCAGGGCAGGUGAAGACUAAGGAUAGCCUUGUCCUAACUCUAGAUGAGGGUAGUGUGGAUGAGGUCCCCUACGACCAGAUUGACUGGGGGUUAGAGGAGGAUGACAGCGGUGUGGGUCAGGGGAGAACUUACGCUGCUGUCGCGGCCGGAGGGAGGCCGCAAGGAGGAGGACGAGGCCAGGGCCAAGGGGGCCGGGCCUCAGGGAACCGGUUUCAGGGCGAUCAGGGGGUUGGCAGUAGAGGAGGAAACUGCCAAGCGGGAGGCAGGGGUCAAGUCAUUGUCAUCGUGGAGGAGAGGGAGGAUCAGAAAGACCAGAAGUCCGCGCCGCUGAUCCCGCUCAUUUCCACAAUGAUGAUGAUGACGAUAAUAAUGGUGAUGAUGAUAAUCGCCAUGAUGGUAGGGAGUGGGGAGGGGGCGGGAAGAUUCCACGCUGAUGAUGACGAUGAUGAUGACGAUGAUGAUGAUGAUGACGAUGAUGAUGACGAUGAUGAUGACGAUAAUGGUGACGGCGAUGAUCGUCGUGUUGGAGGGCAGCGGGGGGGGGGGGGGGGAUUCCACGCUGACAAUGAUGCUGAUGCUGAUAACGGUAAUAAUGAUGACCAGGAGGAGAAGGGAGAAGCAGGACGAGAAAAGGAGGAAGGUGGAGAAAGUGUUGGCUCUAUUUGUACGUAGGCAGCUGAUACGAGUGCACGCAGAGC